UUUUGGGCGCGCCAAGGGAGGGGUUGUGGAUGGUCUGGUUCUCCUGGACGGGCUUUUAAGUUAAGUCCCGCUCUCCUUAGGCUAGGAGCAUUGUACGUUUUACUCCCUGGAUCCUUCUCAUUUGUACGGUGCCCCCCCUUCUUCGUAGUUUCAAGCUACGGGAGCUUUUGGGCGUGUAAUUUCUGCUUUCCCUCAAUUCAAUACUCGCGCUUCAAUCUCGGUACUCAUGGCUCUUGUAGCUGGUGUCAUCCGUCGGCUAGAUGAGACUGUAGUGAAUCGCAUUGCAGCCGGAGAGAUCAUCCAGCGACCGGCUAAUGCCGUUAAAGAGAUGAUCGAGAACUGUUUAGAUGCUAAAGCCACCAACAUCCAGCUGUCAAUUAAAGAUGGUGGUUUGAAAUUUAUUCAGGUACAAGAUAAUGGUUCUGGAAUUAGGAAGGAAGACUUGGAUAUUGUGUGUGAAAGAUUCACUACAAGUAAACUUCAGACUUUUGAUGAUUUAACUAGAAUUUCAACAUAUGGAUUUAGAGGAGAGGCAUUGGCUAGUAUAAGUCAUAUUGCUCAUAUUACUAUAACUUCUAAAACAGCUGAUGGAAAAUGUGCCUACAGGGCAAAUUACUCUGAUGGAAAACUGAAGAGUGUUCCAAAACCUUGUGCAGGAAACCAAGGAACUCAAAUCACAGUUGAAGAUCUAUUUUACAAUGUAGCCACCAGGAGAAAAGCUUUUAAAAAUCCUUGUGAAGAAUAUGCAAAAAUACUGGACGUUGUCAGCAGGUAUGCUAUUCACAAUUCUGGCAUCAGUUUUUCUGUUAAAAAGCAAGGUGAUACAGUUGCAGAUGUAAGAACACUGUCAAGUAAUACAGCUAUCGACAAUAUUCGGUCUGUCUUUGGAAAUGCUGUUAGCAGAGAAUUGAUUAAAGUGGGCUGUGAAGAUGCAACAUUGGCUUUUAAAAUGAAAGGUUUGGUAACAAAUGCAAAUUAUUCCAUGAAGAAGUGUAUCUUUUUACUUUUUGUAAAUCAUCGAUUGGUAGAGUCAACUGCCUUGCGCAGAGGGCUAGAGACUGUAUAUGCUGCUUAUUUACCCAAAAACACGUAUCCAUUUUUAUAUAUAAGCCUUGAGAUUGCACCUCAGAAUGUGGAUGUGAAUGUGCAUCCUACAAAGCAUGAAGUUCAUUUUCUCCAUGAAGACAGCAUCCUGGAGCAUGUACAACAACAUAUAGAGAGCAAAUUGUUAAGUUCCAAUUCAUCGAGGAUGUAUUUCACUCAAACAUUGUUACCAGCCAUUGCCAUCUCUUCCACUGAAGUUGUUAAAUCAACAAAAUCAGCUAUUCAAGGAAGUGAGCAGGUUUAUGCUCAUCAGAUGAUCCGCACUGACUCACGGGACCAAAAAUUGGAUGCUUUUCUUCAACCAGUUAUUAAAACUAAGAAUGCAGAGCUUGUUGUGGCAGAACUAGAGGACAAUAGCAAGAUUCAAAGUUGCAAGACUACUGGAGUACAAGAUGUUGAAAUGGAAGAAUGUGAUGAUUUGAGUGCAAGUAUUUCAAGAACUGAAGAGACACUGAAAGGAUCAGUGGAAAGCCAAUCAAUGCCUGUUGAGGCAGUAUCUGAAAGAAAGAGACAGCGAACAGAUCAUGGUCUUGAAAUGGAAAAAAAUCCACAACAGGAAAUGGCUGCUGCCUGCACUACAAGAAGAAGAAUUAUUAAUUUAACCAGUAUAUUGACUCUUCAAAAAGAUAUUAAUAGAAGGGCAAAUGCAAGUCUUCAAGAGAUGCUUCGUGAUCAUUCCUUUGUUGGAUGUGUUAGUCCUCAAUGGGCACUUGUUCAGUAUCAGACAAAACUUUAUCUUCUGAAUACCACAAAACUCAGUCAAGAAAUGUUCUAUCAGAUCCUUAUUUAUGACUUUGGAAACUUUGGAGUUUUAAGAUUAUCAGAAGCAGCUCCUCUCUUUGAUCUGGCUAUGUUGGCCUUGGAGAAUGCUGAAAGUGGUUGGACAGAAGAAGAUGGUCCAAAAGAAAGCCUUGCUGAAUAUAUUGUUGACUUCCUAUCAAAGAAGAGUGAAAUGCUAAAAGACUAUUUCUCCCUUGAAAUUGAUGAAGGAAAUCUUACUGGACUGCCACUUCUGAUUGAUAAUUAUGUUCCUCCACUGGAAGGGCUACCUAUGUUUAUCCUUCGUUUGGCCACAGAGGUAAACUGGGAUGAAGAAAAGCAGUGUUUUGAUAGCCUUAGUAAAGAAUGUGCCAUGUUCUACUCUAUUAGAAAGCAGUAUAUAAUGGAAGAUUCUGGUCUCACUUUUCAACAGGUUGAAGAACCUGGAAAAUGUAUGAGAUCGUGGAAAUGGACAGUGGAACAUAUACUCUACAAAGCUUUUCGGUCAUACCUUUUACCUCCUACAAAUUUUAGAGAAGAUGGCAAUAUUUUACAACUUGCUAAUCUAUUUGACUUGUACAAAGUUUUUGAGCGAUGCUAAAUGCAGAUAUUUAUUCUAUAAUAUUUAAUCUGUUUUCUUUCUCAUUAUAAACUUUAAUCAGUUAAUCACAAACUUCUGCAUAAAAUGACUAUAUUGUAUGGUUAGAAAAUUAAUCCACUAUUGUUCAACAUUUCACAAUAUCCACAUAUUGUACAAUGAGCAAACAAAAACUUAAUUAAACUCCUAGAUUUCUGUUUAUAAC